UACAUGUCUCAUGUAUUUCCUUUUGUGUUCUUUCUGUAGUCAACGUCAUGGACAUUGUUCCGCAAUGCAAACCGAGCAUACAAUCUAGGUUUUCGAUACUCAGAUACAUGAAAGUAGUAAAAAAAAUUAAUACUAUCCAGAGGUCUUUCAUAUCCAAGCAUGAUUUGGAUAAUCUAUUGAAGCUCCCUGAUCACCUUAUGGUCCCUAUGAAUCUCCUGCAGUGGACUUCACAUGGUGAAGAAAAAGUUUUUCUGCACAAAGAAAAGAAUAUCAACUUCAGUAAGGAAAGAAACCGUAACAUAGUAUCCAUUCAAGAGAAUACCAUGAAAUACAUUGGUGAUGGAAUACCAAUUGGUAUGUCUUAUGAUGGGUCUCCUGUGACCAAUACAACAGGAACCAAUACAACAGGAACAGAUGCAGAAUAGUUUUGAAAAGAGGAACAUCAAUAAGCGCGCUGCAAAAGCAACAACACAUGAGAGGAACAUGCCAGAGUUGGUUAUAGAUCAUUUCAUUGAAGCAUUCAACAAUAAGCAUCUCAAGAUCAACAGAUUCAAGAAACCAAACCAGUAAGUAAAAUCUCCCUGAUUUGGCCAAGUAUGAAUAUUGUUUUUAAAAAUGACAUGUAAUUUCAAGAUUACUUCCUUUUCUUCUUUUUCCAUAAUGCUUGCUCCAUCGCAUUUAUACAUGUUUGAAAUGCCAAAAUAAUUGUUAGUAUUUUUUUAUUGAAAC